GGAAUCCCCAUCCGUAACUUUACUUUCAUUUAGUUUUAAACAUCAGAUUAAAUUAAAAAUAGUUAUUUCUUAAUUUAACUAUUUUUAUACAUUUUUAUCACAAUUUAAUUGAUUUAUUAAUCUAUAGUUUAAGAUGCCACACUCUUACGGGAAACGUGCCAGAACUCGACAUAAGUUCUCCAAACCUUUCCGUCGUCAUGGCAUGCCUCCUCUAUCGAAAUACCUGACAACAUAUAAAGUUGGCGAUUAUGUUGAUAUUUACGUCGAUUCCGCAGUCCAUAGGGGCAUGCCUCACUCCUUCUACCACGGAAGGACAGGAGUUGUUUAUAACGUGACGAAGAGGGCUCUUGGGGUAAUGGUAAAGAAGGUGGUCCGUGGAAAAGAGCUUUUGAAGAAGGUUAACGUUAAUGUUGAGCAUGUUAGAAAGAGUCGUUGCAGAGAGGAGUUCCUUAAGAGAGUUGCAGUCAAUGACGAGCUCAGAAGAAAGGCAAAGCUUGAUGGAAAGAAACUUAAUCUUAAAAGGCAACCGAAGCCCGUUUCACCUGGAUAUUUCGUCAAUGUUGACAAGGAUUCCGUUGUAACUUUAGAUCCUGUUCCUUUUGUAGAGAAGUACUAACUUUCUAAUAAUGCUUGGUCAUAAA